AUGGAGAGUGGGUCCAGUUCGCUUAGAAGAAGUUAUGGCUCUUCCGGGAAGAGAAAGUCACAGCGCAUGUCAGGGAGCGGUGGAAAUAAUGUGAUUACUGAAGACCUGAUCUACCAGUAUGCGUUGCGAGUUGCGUACUUAACUUCUUUGACGCAACCUAAAGCAGUUCCCUCAGCACCAGAGUCGCAUGGUGAUCCUAAUAGCAAAAGAUACUCAGUUAACAAAGAAAAGAUAAGUCACCUGGAUCAACUACACAGUUCUGUGACUCAUGGUCUAUCUCAGCUAGGAGAAUUUCUUAAGGAAGAAAAAAAAGGCCGCCAGAGAAUUCCGAAAGAGUUAAUCAAGGCCUUACAGACAAGACUAAAAAAUAUAAUUGACGGACGUGACCCAAAUCCAGUUUUUCGGGAACCAUAUUUAAAGACGGAAAUUAGCAUAUUCUAUGAUGCCCUUUCGCGACCCGCAUUUCAGAAACAAUUAAAGUCUAAUAGUAAGAUUGAGGAUUUGGUUUUGAUUUAUCUCCAGACUGCCCAGGUGGAGCUCAAGAAGGCAUCCUUUGAGCCACCGAUAACAUGGCAGGACAAAUUGACAGAACAUGUUGGUAUAUUUGUCGGGUUAUUGGAGGAAGCCUUACAGUCCAGGGAAUGUGCGGGAAUUGCUAAUGCUGAAUUGAUGGCUAAACUGAAUUCGUAUAAGAAUAAAAUUGGCGGCGCUAAAUCGAAUAAAGUGGUCAACACUAAUGUCACUAGCUCCAAUGCAGAUGAUAUGGCAAUGGUUAAAAUAGUACAGGCAAUGUUCAAUGUGCCUGCUAAUCAAAUACAAAAGGACAUCAAUGCAAUAAAGAGGCAAUGCACUGAACAAGCAGCUCUUGAAGAUCUAAGAGUUUUCAUCAACCACGUAAAUCGUGGCUCGCCAUUCACUGCUAAAAGGGAGGAUUUUGAUUCGGAUGAAGCAUAUACCAAUUGGAAAUCGGUAGAGACAAGGACCGUUUCUGACAUAAUGGCGGCUAUGUUAAAAUUUAAUCCUAAUCUAGCUUUAAAGCAGUCCAAUGAAGUUCUCCCUUCAUUAUUGUCGAGAAGGGAUGGAGGCACUCCUCCACAAAAUAGAUCAUCAAUAUUGGGUCCACGUAGACAAACACUUACAGAUACUGCAUUCAUGCCGCCUCCUACUCCGCCUCGUCGACAAUCAGGGAAUACUCAUGGUAGUCAGGUGCCACCUCCUACGCCACCUCGCCCAGGUUCGAUUUCAUCGCCUUCUCAAAGCAGCCAGCACCUUCCGACUUCGCUACGCCCGCAGACGAGGCCUUCCUCGUUUGCAGCACCUUCUGCUCAUUCUUCGUUCAGUUCAAAGUCACAGGAUCAGCUUCAAUUCAUUCCUCAACAACAGUCGCAGCACUCAUAUCCUUCACAAACAGCAUAUCCACCGCAAACGUCAUAUCCAUCGCAACCUUCAUAUCCAUCGCAACCUUCAUAUCCAUCGCAACCUUCGUAUCCAUCGCAACCUUCGUAUCCACCACAGACACAAUCUUCCUAUCAACCGUCAUAUCAAUCAGAUUCGUAUCAACCACCGUAUCAGUCAUUCCCGCAAAUGCCACAGCCAUACAUGGAUUUCACAUCAACCCCAGCACCAACAUAUUCACCAUAUGCAUCGUCCCCUCAGCCACAGUCGAAUACAGGAUAUGAUCAGUCACCAAAGUCACGAUCAGUUACUCAACCCCCAUAUCAGAGCAGAGCGCUCCCACAGAUACCCACUCAACGACAACAACAAGAAAAUUAUCCCCCACCCUAUCCACCUGCUCAGUAUUCUUCACAAUAUUCGUACCCCAGUUUUCAGCAAACACAACAACAGACAGAGCAACACUAUUCACAGUAUUAUCCACCACCGUCUCAGCCAGAGUACCCUCCAACUGAGACCAAUUACACGGUUGAGACGACAUACUCCCAAACUCAGACAACGUACACAACUGAGAAAUCAUACCCGGCCGAGGCAGCGGAUGCAGAUGAGACAGUAUAUUUCCCCCAGACGAAAUAUCCAGUUGAGACGACGCGAAUGAUUGAAUCAAACGUAUAUAUCAAUGCAAAUAUGCAAGAUGGUCCAGAACCUCCAGUAGAAUAUGAGGAAGCCGUUGACGAG